CCCAAAGAUAGGUGUGCCAAGCUUGUGCCAUCGUAUUCAAAAAGAUUUGAGGCUGUAAUUUUUGCCAACGGAAUAUUAAGCAAAAGGUUUGAAUAUUUGUACAUGUAAUUUAGUUUUGUAUUUUUAAUACAUUUGCAAAAAAUCUUUCUGUUUUUUCCUGUCAAGAUGGGGAUCUGAGUGUAGAUUAAUGAUAAAUAAAAUUAGCUUUUUUGAUUUUAGCAAAUUGCUGCAAUGAAAUAAAGAAUGACAAAUUUAAAGGAGUCUGAAUACUUUCCGUUUUCACUGUAUAUUUCAUCUUUGAUAUUGAGGCUUAUAACGUCCAUUUUGAUUUGGGACCAAAUAUGAUUGCUGCUUAUAUACAGACAAUUAUUCAUCUUUUUUCUGUAAUAGUGGAAAAACCUUUCAAAACAUUCUCAACCCAAUUUACUCACCCCUCUCCUGUUCCUUUUGCUCGCCCCCAUGCUCUGCCUCCUCGCCCACUUUUUGCUCCUCUGGUGUUUCCUCAGUCUGUUCUUUCUCGUCCGCUGUGGGCAGGCUGCUGUCUGAGACUUCUACAAUUGUGGGGGUCAUGGCACUGUUUUCUACAUCCGACCCCUUGACCUCAGCAGACUCCUCCUCAAUGACUUCUGGAUUCCCCUGGUGUUCUUCAACUGGAGGAGAUCUAGCGUGGCUUGCCCUCACUUGUAGCAAGGUGACGCCCGCUCUACGGCGGUGAAGCCAAAGUGUCCGUGCCUGCCGCCCAAUCUGGGACCCUUCCUGUGCUUGAACUCGCAGCAUGAGCUGAGACGCUCAACCUGCAGCCCAUUCAGGAAGAAGGUCAGGCUGAAGGGGAAACCUGGAUGACGCCUUGACACGAACUGGAACAUCUCUAAAAGGACAACAACGGAAAAAGGUCGUCCAGGUCAUGGGAAAGAUGCACGGAUUUCCCAAAAUACACCAUGGUGACGCACACUUUGCUCUGAUGCACUGUCGUCCUUAGGAGAGGCUGCUCCUGCAUAGCUCACUGACGUCGGCUCCGCUGGAGGCGGUGACGGGCCGCAGGCGUCGUCGCCUGAGUGUGCUUCUGGGAGCACCGUCAGGCCCCCUUUCUUUCCUCUUAGUGGCCGGAGGGAGGGGCAUAACAAAGUUGUUGACGACCGGGAGGCAGUAAGGCACACAGGCUGGAAGACGACGAAGCCGACUAGAAGGCAGUCGACGCGGCGGAAGAGUUGUUGUUGUUGGAGCGAAGAAUUCUCAUGCGAUCUAGGACGGUGCAGCUUCUACUUCUCCUGGAGUAAAACUGAUGACACCAAGCGGUUGCCAUGGGAGAUCACGUGACUAUGCUGCCAAAGUUGACCAGAGAGUGGAGCCAUAUUUCUGCCACACACAAGAUGCACUGAAUGUUUGGACUUAAACUCACCCCCGAGAUGAACAGCAGUGUGCAGUGUGGAUCGAGGCGUGAGCCAUGCGCUGGAAGAGCGAGGUCAAAGUUCAAUGCUGCGUGGUGGACGGAGGCCCCGGCAAUGAGGGUCCACAGGCGGAGGUGGCGGAUGAAGACGCGUCCACCCUGCAGACCAUGUCCGCCGCGCCUCUUCUGAGCAGAAGUGUGUGUGUGAGCUGCAACCAGGAAAUAGUAGAUAAAUAUUUAUUAAAGGUGAGCGACCUGUGCUGGCAUGUGCGCUGCCUGUGCUGCAGCGUGUGCCAGGCGGCGCUUGGCAGCCACGCCAGCUGCUACAUCAAGGACAAGGAGGUCUUCUGUAAGAUGGACUACUUCAGAAGGUUUGGCACGUGGUGCGCGUGCUGCGGCCGCCACAUCCACUCCACAGAUUGGGUGCGCCGCGCCAAAGGGAGCGUCUACCACCUGGCCUGCUUCGCCUGCUUCUCCUGCAAGAGGCAGCUGUCCACUGGGGAGGAGUUCGCCCUGGUGGAGGACAAGGUGCUGUGCAGGGUCCACUACGACUGCAUGCUGGACAACCUCAAGAGGGCCGCAGACAAAGGCAGCAGUGUGAACAUGGAGGGGGCCGUGCCCACUGAACAGGAAAUUAACCAGCCCAAACCCUCCAAGAGAGCGCGGACCAGCUUCACUGCCGACCAGCUGCAGGUCAUGCAGGCUCAGUUUGCGCAGGACAACAACCCGGACGCACAAACGCUGCAGAAACUGGCCGAGCAGACGGGCCUCAGUCGGAGGGUCAUACAGGUGUGGUUCCAGAACUGCCGAGCGCGCCACAAAAAGCACGUGAGCCCCAACCACACGUCCAGCGCCCCGAUGACCUCGCUACAGCCGGGCCGCCUGCAGGCGCAGCCCACGCCCACCCCCGAGGAGCUGCAGUACGCGGCCUACGCGGGCCCGGAAGGUUCCAUGCUGUCCGCGCUGCACUCCUUCAUAGACAUCCAUUCCGCUUCAUCUAUGUUUCAACCACUGAUGCCAGCCCAGUACGCCAUGACCCCGCUGCCCGUGUCUCACGCCUGAGACAACACACACACAAAAUUGUAAUGGUAUUGUUGACCUUUUUUUUUUUUGAAGGUACAGUACUGUACACGAGGGCAGGGAGACUUCACUCCACCUUACUGGACGCUUUAUUAGUUACACCUGCACAAUCCCCAUUCUCACUUUUGACAGGUUUUAUUCAAAAAUGUCCAUUUAUUGUAGUUUGCAGUAUUGCACAAUUGCGAUGAGAGCGGUUUGCAAUAUUUCGCCUAAUAUACCGCAGCUCUCGUCACAACAACAGUAUUCAUAGCCAGUGUGGCUGGCAUGGCUCAGAUGGUAGAGUGCCCAUGCCAGCAACUUGAGGGUUCCAGGUUCCAUCCUGGCCAAGACACUUUACCCACACUGGCUUAAAUGUAGAUAAUGGGUUUCACAAUUUGAGUCUCUAGAGAAAAAGUGCUAUAUAAUUAUAAUUUACUUCACUUAUUCCACAGCAUUAAAAAGUAUGCACUACACAGUAUUUGGUGAAGCCUCCCUGCUCGCUGACUAUUUCAUCCAAACAUUCUUAUGGAUCGUUUCAACAAAGUGAAUAUUUGCCGUUUUUAAUUUAUUGUGUGUAUGUGGAGUCUUUGUUACAAAAUACAUUUCACAAAUAAAACAUGACUUUUGAGACAC